UACAAUAUUCAAACACUUCUGAACUUCACUUUUGGUCUUGUUCAGAAGGCUCAACUCCCCUCUUUUAUUGCCGAGUCCAAUUACAUCGUUUACUAUGACUUAUUUCUCUCUCUCUCUUUCUCUCUCUCUCUCUCUUUCAUUCCAUUGAAAUUGAUGGGCAGAGGGUGUGGACUCUCCAUUGAUUCAGAUCCAAUUGGGAGCUUCAUCCUUCACAGCCCAACAGUUCUCAACUCUUUUCCUGAAGACAACAACAACAACAAGUGGAAAGCUGGUCCCAACAACAACAUGGAUGGCACAGUUAGCAGAAAGAGGUCUCCAUCAUCCACUCCCAACACCACCAUCCCCUUCCAAGUCAACCUUAGCUCUCCUCCACCCUCUCAUGACAUUGAUGAAAUGGACUUCUUCUCUCCCAACACCAACAAACACCACACCCUUCCCUCUUCAUCCACCUCUGCACCUCCUUCACUUCACCACCUUCACCACCAUCAUCAUCAUGACCCCACUUCUUCUAUCUUGGAAUUGAAAGUAAACACUGGUCUGAAUCUUCUUACCACCAACACUAGCAGUGAUCAAUCCAUGGUGGACGAUGAUAUGUCACCUAAUUCAGAAGGUAAAAGAGCUAAGAGUGAGGUGGGUAGUCUGAGAGCUGAGAUUGAGCGAAUGAGAGUGGAGAAUCAACAGCUGAGGAACAUGCUUGAUCAGAUUGAGGCCAAUUACAAUUCCCUUCGGAUGCAACUGAUGAGUCUGAUGCAAGAGCAGAAGGGGCAAGAACGGGGUGAAGAACAAGAAGACCAAAUGUUAGAAGAGAAGAAACAAACUGGGAAUGGUGGAGGCUUGGUACCAAGGCAAUUUAUGGAUCUUGGGUUGGCUACUAAUGCUGACACUGAUGAACCCUCGCUCUCUUCUUCUGUGGGAAGAAGUCACGACCGGUCAAAGUCACCGGCAAAGAACGUAGAGGUUGCAUCCAAGGACUUUGGCCCAAGGAAGAAUGGGAAUGGUAGUGAUGAAGGACUUGUGUUUGAUCAAGACAAGAAGGAACUUGGUAGGGGAAUUGAAAGAGAGGGUAGUCCCUCGGAUCAAGCCUUGGCUGUUAACAAUGUUCCUAAGUUCAGUCCUCCUAGAAAUGUUGAUCAAGCUGAGGCCACUAUGAGGAAGGCAAGAGUUUCUGUUAGAGCUCGAUCAGAAGCACCUAUGAUCACUGAUGGGUGUCAAUGGAGAAAGUAUGGGCAGAAGAUGGCCAAAGGAAACCCAUGUCCUCGAGCAUAUUAUAGAUGUACCAUGGCUGCAGGUUGCCCAGUGAGAAAACAGGUGCAAAGGUGUGCUGAAGACCGAACAAUACUUAUUACAACAUAUGAAGGGAAUCACAACCACCCUUUGCCUCCAGCAGCUAUGGCAAUGGCACAAACCACUUCCUCAGCUGCAAGAAUGCUGCUUUCAGGAUCAAUGUCAAGUGCUGAUGGACUACUGAACACAAACUUCCUCUCAAGGUCACUCUUUCCUUGCUCUUCUUCAAGCAUGGCAACAAUCUCAGCAUCAGCUCCAUUCCCAACUGUUACAUUGGACUUGACUCAGUCUCCAAACCCAUUACAGUUCGCAAAGCCACUCCAAAUCCCCAUCACUGGUGUCCCUCAGAACUAUGCCAAUUCACCAGGCUCAUUACUGCCUCAUAUAUUUGGUCACGUAAUGUGUAAUCAAUCAAAGUUUUCUGGCCUUCAAAUGUCUCAUGAUGCGGACCCUUCCCAAUUGGGUAAUCACUCUCAACUAUCAACACCACAACUUGCUGACACAGUCGGUGCCUUUGCAGCUGAUCCUAACCUCACUGCAGCUUUGGCUGCAGCUAUCACUUCCGUUAUUGGGGUUGCACAGCCAAACAACAGUACCAGUACUAAUAAUAAUGCCAACACAACUACCAACACCACCAAUGCCAAUAUUACGUCAAGCAACAAUAAUAGCAAUGGAAAGCAAUAAAAUUCCAAUUUCACAUGGAACUAGUUAAUAGUUAUAGUUCAGAUAUUACUCUUUCAUAUUUUUUCCCCCUUCAAUAUUUCUAGAUUAAUUUGAUUUUUUUUUCCACGUUAAUUGGGCUCAAAGUUUAAAUUGAGCUGAUUACGUCUUUAUUUUUAUUUACAUUUGUUGGAGUCAUCAGGAUAUUAUUACAGACAUUUAGUUGAUAUUCUUUGUUAUGUGUAAGUGAUACGCUCAAAGUUGUAUGCCCAAACAAAGCAAAUCUCAAUGGAUUGAAAAUAAUUUUUUUUAU